AUGACUUUCGGUCUGAUUACAAGUAUUAUUCCUGAGUUCGUGGUCGAGAAAGAAGCUUCCUCAGCAAUUAGUGAGUGGUGCGGAUUAACUGGGUUACCUUCACCUUCUACUUCAGUUCAAAAACUUUGGGAUAUUCCACUAGUAAAUAGAGUUUGGGACAAAAUCAUAUCUUCUGCCUCUGUCCGUGACAAAGCUAGACUUCAGGCAGUUUCAUUGAAAGAGUCUGGAUCAUGGCUCAAUGCAUUCCCAAUACCUAGCCUUGGUAAUUUCCUCGAUGACAACUGUCUGAGAAUUUCUGUUGCAUUACGUCUAGGUGCUGAAUUAUGCUGUUCAUAUAAAUGCAUUUGCGGUACUGAAGUUGAUGUAUAUGGUCAUCAUGGUCAUGGAUUGAGCUGCAAUAAAAGUUCAGGAAGAUACACGCGUCAUUCAGCAAUCAAUGAUGGAAACGUUCAAGGUAUCCUAGAACUAGUUAUAAGCAUCUCACCUAGAACCAAGGAGAGUAUACAGAGACCUGGAUUGUGCCGUGAUGAUGGUAAAAGACCUGAUGGAAUGUUAUUGAUACCUUGGAAGCGUGGAAAAGCUCUGAUUUGGGAUGUCACCUGUGUAGAUUCAUUAGCUGAUUCCAAUAAAGUUUCAUCUAUCAAAGCUGCUGGAACCGCUGCUUUUGAGGCUGAGAAAAAAAGUGCGAAAAAUAUAAAUGUUUGGAAGACAAGUUCAUCUUUAUGCCAUUAG